UGAGUCAGUGAACAGUGCCCGAGCGCAACGGUGGUGCUGCGAUUUCAGGAUGUCCCCGGCAGCGUCGUUCGGCGAACGAUGGGCCUUAGACAACUUGACAAGGAAAGCCACACCAGAAGAGCUCCUCACCCUUGAUCUUAUUCUCAAUUGCUGCAGUGGAGAUGAGACAGCAGCAUCGAAAAGGGCAAGAAAAUAUUACACAGCUAGAGGGCCUGGUGGACUCACUGAGCUAUGGCAUCGGCGGCGACCUGACGAUGAAGAUAUUUUGUCUAGCUGUCAAGAUGUUUACAUAGUACCUCUACGCACCCGCAGCGCUGAAGGUAGACGCCUGACGUUUGUCAAACUGCCCGCACCUACAGCGCUAAACAAACCUCUUUCUCCAAAAGCCUUGUUAGCAAGAUGGCUCAUGAUCCUGGACAUAAGGUUAAGAGAUGAUCCAACUCCAGGUGAUGAAGUAGUAAUGAUAGACGUAUGUGACCUGCAACCCGCGCAUCUCAAAAGUCACUUCAAAGGGAGUUAUUGGAAAGAUUUUGCUUGGUGUAUGAAGUCGGCGUACCCUCACCGAUUUACAGAAAUCCAUAUCAUAAAUACACAGAAGCUUAAAACUAUAUCCGUCCUACUCUUACACAUGAGUUUAUACCCCUGGCGACGUAUCAUCCGUUCACACCCAGGUGAAGAUGGUAUAAACAAUUUUAUGGAUGACUAUUUCCCGCCUGAAGGUCUACCCCAUGAAUACGGGGGAAAAGCUGGUGUUAUGAAAGAUCUUAAUGAUGAAUGGACAAAGAAACUUCUACUCAAUUCAAAAUGGCUUCAAAUCGAAGAGCAAACGUUCUACCAAACCGAAUUGAAACCUGACAAACGUCGUCAGAAUCGAAGUCUUCGAAAUCUUCUUAGUAUAAGUUCAUAUGAUAUAUCUCGGAGUCAGUCCUGCAAAUCGUUGGAUAAUGACCUUGAGGAGGGUCCCUAUGGAGCGUAUAGGAGUCUGACUGAAGAUAAAACUUUUUAUAUCUAGACUUUUCGUUUUUAACUAAAAUUGACUAUUUACAAAUUAUAUGAGUGUUACUAUUACAAUAAAACAUUAAAAAACGAAAUCAUAAAAUACUUAGUACCCAUGGUUGCAGUCUAGGUAUUUAAACACUUUAUAAUCCAUUACAAUAAACACGUUUCUAAUCAUCUAUAAUAUAUUGGCCUUACUAGUGUGAUAAUAAAAUCAAUUUAUUAUUAUAUUAAAAAAAACGUUACCUAUAUGAAUAAACAAACAGUUUGCAAAAUGAAACAGGUCUAAGUAAGAGACCGUCCACCAACGGAAUAAUAUAUAGUUAAGGGAUACAGCAAAUCAAUCAGGGUCAACUGAGGUCGAUUGAGAUUAGUCAAAAUGAUGUAAAAUCAUGAUGUUGCCUAUAAACUUGUACUAGAGAUGCUGUUACCCAAUCAAAAUCAAACAGAAUGCACCUUUGAUAAUUUGAUUCUAAAUUUACAUUUACUAUUUUAUAAUGUAUUGCAAUGUUUGAUAUCUCUCGUUUAAGACAACGUAAAAAUAAUACUCGUAAGUAACAAAACUAAGUUAAGGAACUUAAAAUACUCAAAAAGUUUUAUGCCCAGUGGUUGUUAGGCAUUAUAUAAGUACCAAAAUUUUAUAUGAAUGUAAAAAAUAAAGAUAUAGAAUUAUA